GCCCUUCUGCCUAAGCGCACUGACUCCCGGAAGUGCUCGUCUGACCUGCGCGGGGCGCCCUCCGCUGGCGCUGGGUACCCGGAAGCGGGUCAGACAGCAGGGUGAGAGAGGGCUGCGGCGCUGUGUGAGCAGCCUCGCCCUGCCAGUUAUAGCGUGAACCGUUGCGGGGAUGGCCCUUACCCCGCAGUCUGGUAGUGUCUGCAACGAAAAGGAAGAGGAAGCAUCUCCCCGCUGUGCUCGGUUAGUCAGGUAGUACCGGCAGGAGGUGACUUUUAGAGCUGCCCUUAUGCUAUUUAUUCAGGACGACGUGUACAAGGAAUAUGUAAACAUGAUGAUGAACGUUGUUAUUCUGUGUAUGAUCCUCAGCAUAUCUUUGUCAUUCUGGAUAAUAUCUUUAACUGCAAGUACAUAUUAUGGUACACUGCGGCCAAUCUCUCCAUGGCGUUGGCUGUUUUCUGUGAUUGCUCCUCUUAUUAUUGUGUACAAUGGCAUAAAGAAGAAGAGCUUGGAUAGUAGUGGUGCUCUUGGAGGAUUACUGGUCGGGUUCCUCCUCACUGUUGCAAAUUACAGCUUUUUCUCUGCUCUUCUUAUGUUCUUUUUUACUUCCUCUAAACUCACCAAGUGGAAAGGAGAAAUAAAGAAACAAUUUGACUCUGAAUACAAAGAAGGAGGACAGAGGAAUUGGGUACAGGUUUUCUGCAAUGGCGGCCUCCCUGCAGAGUUAGCUCUGCUGUAUAUGGUGGAAAAGGGCCCAGGUGAGAUUGCGAUCGACUUUUCCAAGGAGUACACUGCUUCAUGGAUGUGCUUAUCGCUCCUGGGGGCUCUGUCUUGUUCAGCUGGAGAUACAUGGGCUUCAGAGAUUGCUCCAGUUCUCAGUAAUCAGUCGCCUCGAUUAAUAACAACAUGGAAAAAGGUCCCUGUGGGUACAAAUGGAGGAAUUACAUUUGUAGGUCUUAUUGCAAGUCUUCUCGGGGGCUUGUGUGUUGGUGCAGCUUAUUAUUUUAGCCAGCUUGUGUUUGUCAGUGAUCUAGAAACUGCAGCCCCACAGUGGCCAAUCAUUUUAUAUGGUUCAGUGGCUGGCUUACUUGGUUCUGUGUUGGACUCUUAUAUUGGAGCCAUAAUGCAGUAUACAGGUUAUGAUGAACGCACAGGGAAGGUGGUCAAUCAUCCAACUCCUGAAGCAAAGUUAGUUUCCGGGAAGCCUAUCCUGGACAAUAAUGCUGUGAACCUCUUUUCGUCUAUCCUCAUAGCUCUUCUGCUACCAGGAGCUGCAUGGGGGUUUUGGCCAAGAACAUAAACAUUAGGGCUAGAAGUGCUCCAAAAACACUGGACGUAAUGUUUAGCCUAAGACAUUCCUAGGCUUACAGUACAUCAUUACUAUAUAUCCAAUCACAUUAUUGUUUUAUAGUAGAUUUUUGUUUUUUUAAGCAGAAAUCCGUUUUAAAAUUUAAAAAUCUGAAUUGACUUUAUUCAUUAUUUGUGCACUUAGUAUUUGUGAUAACUAGUCUCACUUCUUUACAUGCUUUCCCACUGAAGCACUUCCUUUUUAUGCACCUGUAAGAAUGUAGGUCCAGCAACUUUCUCUAACUAGUGAUCCGAGCUUUGGUGUUGCACUGAAACGUGGGGUGUACAUAAAUGGUGAUUUAUUUUAUAAUUUGACUUUCAGUUACUUCCAUUGUUAAAUGCUAAAUAAAAAUUAUAUGACUGCUGGAACAAAUGAUAUAAUAAUUUAUAGUAGCAACUUUUCUGAUAGAGCUUAUGUUGUAAAACUUGUUUGUCAUUUUAUCGUUCUUGUCAUAUAAGUCUUUAAUACCAUGUAUAAUGUUUAUAUUUGAACAAGUUUACCUAAUGAUGUAGUGAUAAUUUCAAACAAGCAAUCUGACCACUUUCCAUUAUAAUUUGCUACUAGGGCAACUGUUUUGGGUUUAGCUUGGACAUCAGUGACAAUGGUAACUGUGCUAUAUAGGCCAACCAAACUGGACAUACUGCUUCAUACUUUAAGCAGUACUGAACAUGUCAGUACAAUUAGGUUGAGGAGAUAUGGUUAUUUUAUUAUCCGCUUUCUCGAAUGCUCCGUUAUGGCUGAUAUGUAACUUUGCUUAAAUCAAGUACUAAGACAACAACUACAUUUCUGCCACUGGCUCUCCCUGUGCCACAUGCAUACCUAGUUAUAGUCCUGCCAUUGCUAACAUAUGGCACCAAGGCAGGAAGAGGUGAAGUUCUACAAAAAUAAACUUCCUCUGAAUCUAUAAACGGAAUGAGGUCUACAUAUACGGUUUGCUAAAUAUUUAUAGAAAAGGGUAAGGCAGUUUAUAGGAUACACUAGUGUUCUGUCUACAGUAUGUCCUUGAAGUCUUCAAGGCAAUUAGCACUUAGGGGGAAUUCAAUUGUACCCAAUCAUUUUUUGCGAGGUAAAAAGUGGAUUUUACUGCUAUUUUUGUUUUUUCCUCUUUGGGUAAUUCAAUUACUUCCCAUUUCUGUCUGGGGUGAAAAAACUACACUUAUCUGGGAUUUUGUUUCAUCUGUUUCCGGGCAGGUGAAAUAAAAAAAACCCGGAUAGUGCUGGGUGUCUUGGACAAUUGAAUAACCAUCGGGGGAUCAAUUAACUGUGGUAAUUGUAUCAUGGCUAAUUGAAUUCCCCCCUUUGCGUAUCAAUGAUAUACAUAUUUAUGAAGGAUGCACAUUUUAUUUUGUAACGUUUGCAGCAGUAGGUUCCUCCUUAUAUUUUAUGAAGUAUUUUCUUUCUCUUUACAUUCCGUUAGCAACACAAGUUCACUUGUGAGUUAAUAGAUAUGUGAAGUUAUUUGUGUAUGGUUAUGCUAAAUUCACAAGUCAUUAAUUAAAGCAGAAGACAGUCGGCUCAUUCAUUUUGCUGCAUAUAACCUACUGUUUUUGUUUGGGACCAGAUCUGAAUAUGGACUGUAAUUUUAGUAUCAUGUGCUCUGUACUUUUGCACUGAGGUGAACCAAAUCGCGGUGUACAAGGGUUUCUGAUUCGUAUGCUUUUGUUUUUCUACUUACUAUGUUUAACAACUUUUAUAUUCUGUAGCUAUAUAAUAACGAAUGUUGGGUACAUUUGAAUUCAGGCUAUUAGCAAGGAUUUGUUCAUAUAAACAACAUAUUCUCACUCAAAUGUAUUGCAUUAUUAUUAUGUUUUUGUGCUUGAUUUCCAUCUAUGCUAAUAAUAAUAAACUGUAUCUGUUUGAAGACUAUUUCUAAUAAAUGCAUAUAUUUAUAGUCACUGUUCCAUUAUACAACUGAGACUAGUUUUAUACGCAUCUUUAGUGUUUUGCCCUGCAGCCGCUCUAUAUGAAGCCUGUUUAGAAUGUAGGGCCUUGAUUUAGAGGAAUCUGGAACUGUGUCUUUGUACACAGCGGUACUGUAAACAUGCUAAUGCCAGAGACAAACACUGGCAGCAUCUUUAAUCCACGAUUUUAAAUAACUCAUUGAAAUCAUUCUCUGAGACGUGGAUGCCAUGGACUGCAUACCAGAAAAAGUCUCUCUGCCAUUUUCUGCUUAAUUCCAUUACCAUCCUGGUUCACCGCUCUACUCGCUGUCCCCCCCACCCCCAUCCCUCCUCUCUGCUUUCCCUUUACUCUCAUCACUCUCCUCUCCUCUUUUAAAUAGAUAAAAAUCCCAGGUCUCCGAUCCUGUAGAUUGUUACACAGUUAUUCUGCAUAAAGUGUCUUUCUCACUGUUAUGGUUGCUUUUUUUCGACUUUGUAACUUACUCUUCAUGUUUUAUAUUGUUUCUUUUUCCCAUGCAUAUCUGUUUUAUGACCUUGGAAAUAAAUAAACUUACUAAAAAAGAAACCAAAAA